CAGAGAUGGCCAACUCAUUUGAGAACGGAACAGGCGACCACCUCUAUGCCUACGAUUCUGAAUCCGAGUACUGGUAUUUCUCGUCUAAUUAUACCUGGCCGUGUUCAGACCGGUUUCCGUAUCUAUGCUCUGUAUCCAUCUCUGCAAUAUGUAUUGCAGUGAUAGGAAUUCUGGGUAAUUUGGCCGUGAUCGUGUCGCUGAUCAGAGGGAAGCUGUACAAGAAGUCAUCCCAUAUGUCUAUCCUAGUCUUAGCGAUCACAGACAUCAUGUUUCUUGUCGUGUUCAUCAUACAGGAGUUUAUCUACUUUCCUAACGAGUUCUACUUGAAAAGAUUUUUCUCAGCUGAAUUAUGCGUCAUAAUUUUUGUCAUGAUUAACACCCCUUGCUUGAGCUCCUCUUUGAACAUUAUUUAUCUGGCCUACGAGAGGUAUGUUUUGGUCACCAAUCCGUUUGUUUAUAUGGACAAACAUACACCGAGAACCGUGGUCAUCAGGGCGGUUAUAACUUUCAUCAUUUUGGCCAUCGUCAACCUGGCGUACGCCAUCAUCAUGACGGACCUCUCUCGAUGCCCUGAUUUCAUCUUGAUUCCGACAUAUUACGGGUUUAUAACGGUCCCCAUCAUUGGGAUCUCGUUUAUGUCGUUGGUAUUUUUCCAUUGCUCUAAAGUUUACAAAAUAAGGAAACUUUCUAACGUACAGGGCAGACAUACCAAGAGAACCAAACAGUUCCUGCACAUGACAAAGAUCGUCUACAUCAUUGUCAUCACGUUCAUUCUGUCUCAGAUUCCCUACCUUAUCUUUGACGUUGUGUCUAUUUUUGAAUCGUUUGAUAACAAUAUCUGGCCGGAGGAGUACUAUGACGUCAUUCUCCAUAUUGGCAUUGUUGCAUGUCUGGUCAACUAUGCCAGUAACCCGUUCAUUUACUGGAUAACACCGCUCAGUUGCGCCUUUAAACGUAGCGCAAUCAAACAUCCGCCACGGUUCAGUAUUAACACAAAGAGCGAGACGGUUCCUUAGACAACACCUUUGUUUGUGCUUGCUCUUGCAACAGAGAACUUACGCGAUACAAAUGUUAUGUAAAACCAAAACACAGGAAUAGAUGUAUGCGCAUGUACUGCACACUAUUGUUUCAAUUUUUAAGAACAAAAGAUGGAAAGCUUUGUUAAUUGUUAUAAUGUCAUACGUAGGGUAUUUUAUGUUGAUCAUAUUAUGUUAUAAUUGUACGACUGAUGUGAUUUUCUCGUUUUAUCUGUAUUAAUCUGGGUUCAGAUGUUCCAAUCAUAAGUAGCGAAAAAUUUAAAAAGAAUAAAUAUCAAAAGAUAAUAAUAACAGACACAAUCAUUUACAAUCAAAUGAAUCAUUAUGUAUAGAUUGAGCUCUCUUGUUCGAGAACAAAUUUUUUAGAAUAACAAUGUACGAUGUUCUUUUCGAUAGUAAAGUCUUAUUUAAAAACUUCACAAGAAGUAAAUAGUAUAAGGAUGGCGUGUUUGGACUAUAAAAGAUAUGAUUCUAUAAGACUUGUUUCAUUUGUGUAUUCCAAGCGAUGCAAGAGAGGUUUUUCUCUUAAUAGGUUGAAAUAGACUGAUAAUAUAAAAUAGUUGUCUUGAGUUCAGUUGAUAGACGAUCAUCGAAAGCUAAUGAUGUUUAGGUUAAGGAUUAUUGUUUUUGUGUUUGUGAGUGUUUGUUUUGUUUUGUUUUUUGUAGUACACCAGUGAUAUAGAAAAAUCAAAAUAUUCAUUAUGAUGGGUAUUCAAUGUUAAAAUAACACAAGGCGUUCUUCGUAUUGUAUCAAAUAGUUUGUAUUUGCCAUCAUAUAAAUGCAUUGUCUACACUUAACUAUUAAUGGUGUCGCAGUUUGAAUUAAUGUAUUAGUUUAGUGAUAUGUUGCAUAUGUUUUUACUGAUAGUAUUAAUUAAAUGAAUACAACAACA